AUGCAGAACCUGGCUCGUCCAAAUCAGAAUGAGGCUCUGGCGGUGGAUGCCCGACAAGAGUUGGACCUUCGUGUUGGCUGCUCAUUCACUAGGUUUCAGACGAAGUUCUUUCAGCCAGAAUCCUACUGGAUAUUGCAAUGCAAGUUCGACACUGCUGACGGAACCACGAUUCGACCCGAGUGGAAGCGCGGUCGUCUGUUCGACAGAGAUGUGUGCCAGCUGUUUUUGGAACGCGUUAAGAAUGCCGGUAAAGGAGUGGUUACUGAUAGAACGACAAAGGAGGCCCGCAAAGAACGACCUGCGGCUUUGAACACCGUCGAAUUAAUGAGAGUUGCAAGCAGUUCAUUCGUAAUCCGUUCGGUUCAGGUCUUGAAUGAUGGUAUUCGGAAACCUAAGGGUGGAGAAGACAAAGGCGAUCAUCCACCUAUUACACCGAUGAAGCCAAGCAAUGGACAGCUUUCUGGAGGUUUCUUCGAGAUAUGGCACGCAUCUUUACGAUUAAUCGUGGGGGUACAGCAUUUUGGUCGGUUCAACACUGAUGGCGGGCCUUGUUAUUGCAUUUAUGAUGUCACCACUGUGACAAUAUCUUGUGCCGACGAAAUUUUCACCCUGACUGGAAAAGCCGUUAAGGAUCCGGGUUUCACUGAAGUGAUGACCUGGCUCAAUGUUGAGGACGAUCAGAAGCUGCCACCGUUGUCUCGUGGAGAUCAGGUCACGCUCAAAACGUCUCCACCUGGCUAUUGUAACGGAAAUCGGGUUGAUCACCCUGAUGGAAAAACACCUGGCAUCCAAGAGUACCGAUGCGUCCAUUCCAGUUCACAUCAACACCAUCAGUCAAAGAAACUAUGUCACUAUUCCCAAAAAAUCACUCAGGUGGAAUGUGUUGAAGUUGAGAGCGGUCGGCGUCUGGUACCGACACAACUGGGAAUAUCUCUGGUUCACGGCUAUUGGCGAGUUGACAGAGAACUCGUUCUGCCAACAAUGAGGGCUGAGCUCGAAACACAGCUCAAUCUGAUUGCCCAAGGAAAGGCUGAUUAUCAAGCGGUCAGAGAUCAUGCAUUGGAGAUGUUUCGGCAAAAGUUUGUCUAUUACGUCAAGAAUAUCUCCCAGGUGGACACUUUAUUCGAAGCCUCGUUCACUUCACUCUCGGACUCAGGAAAACCGUUUUGUCGCUGUGGUAAAUGUAGAAGAUAUAUGAAAUUGGUUGCACUAGACCACAACGUCUGUUCUGUUCUACCUGUCAGGAAUAUCGAAACAUUGCAGGAAACGUAUUCUGUGCCGAACUUCAAGGACGGGGUCCUCCGACCGUAUGGAGAAAAGAAGUGUCCGUUGGACGAGUUUGAGCUCGUGUAUUGGCAUGUGAGUCCCCUCACUAUGGAUCCGGCGGAAAACUCGCACGAAGCUUUGCCUUCUGUCCUUUCUUGUUACAAUAACCCACCAUUUGAAUCGAAUGAAGGAAGGCGAAGGAUGCCCCAAAUUGUCCUCAUCCUGAAUGCCCUUCAGUCAUUCAUGACUUCUGGCGUAUGCGGUUGCCUUCAGGAAUGCGGAGGAGUAAUGGUGCUGGAUCCACAGUCUCAUCCCAAAUGGAGACUGACGUGCAACAGGUGUCCAUCGGUGGUGGCGAUGUUUGAUGGAGCCCUCAAAUUUCGUGUUACGGAAUCCUCGUGUACAGAAUGUCAGGCACGUAUCGUAGUCGCGGAAUAUAAGGACAAAAGCCCACUGCCGGAUGAAAGGACUACUUUCAAGGGAUGUAUGUUCUGCGAUGAAAGUGUAAAAGACCUCGUGAACCUGCACCACGCCUUCCGAUGUGAAGAGGACCGCAUUCGACAGGAUGCCCAGCGAGGACGUGGAAGAGGACGUGGUCGGGGUAGAGGUAUGUCCAGAGGUGUGGCCAGAGGUGGUGGGCGAGGUGGCAAGAAAACCAGGGUCUGA